AAGGCAGCUCCGAGUCCUACUAAGUUCUACAUACCAGACCAUCUAAAUCUACACGGGCUGUUCUCGGCAUUGACAGCAAACAUGAGUGGCUACAUUCCAGUCGUGGAUUUCUCGGCCUACGGCCUUGACAACAAGACCGUGAACAAAGCCGACCUGGAAGCACUGACGGACGAACUCAUGCAGGCUUUCACCACCGUGGGCUUCGUGUACCUGAAGAACACAGGUAUACCAACAUCAGAGGUGAAUGGCGUAUUUGAUGUCUACGAUAAAUUCUGUUUUCAACCUGAAGCCGUGAAGGAGAAAUAUUCCCGUCCGGUGGACAGGACAGCAGAGCGGCACGGCUGGAUGGCCCUGGGGAGAGAAAUGUUGUCUCUGGUGGGGAGAGACACGCCUGCCCCUGGUGACCUAAAGGAAUGCUUCAACAUACAUCCACCUCUUACUGAAGGGCAGACCUGGCCGGAGGAAGUCCCAGAGUUUGAGCCGGUGAUGAUGGACUUCUAUGACAAGUGUCACGCGGUCGCCAUACGCCUGGUGGAGCUCAUAGCCAGGGGACUGGGAGUCGAGGAUGUUGGCGGUUUCUUGGAAAAGUUCCAGUACGUCGGAAAGGGUCGUAACGGCACCAACCUGCGGACCCUCCGCUACCCUCCCGUCCCUGACGUCAUCAAGCAGGACCAGGUCAGGUGUGGAGAACACACUGACUUCGACUGCCUGACUCUUGUGUUCCAGGACAAUCCCGGCUUGGAGGUGGUUAACACUGACGGAGAGUACGUCCCAGCCCCGCCCAUUCCGGGCACCAUCGUAGUCAACAUUGGGGACACCUUUCAGAGGUGGUCAGCCGACAAGCUCAAGUCAACGAGGCACCGUGUGCGGGUACCGGAGAGCCCGGAGGGGAGACAGCGUGUGCGCCGGUCUAUCGCCUACUUCUUCCACUGCGACAGUGACGUCCUGAUGAAGUGUCUGGACGGGUCGGACAAGUACCCGCCGAUCUUGGCACGAGAAUACCUGACCCAGCAAGUCGGGGCCACGUACCUGUCAGGGUAGCUGGGCUGCGCUACUCAACUCCACCUGCUAUUUCCCUAGUCUCCAAGCAGAUCCUGCGUGGCAUAAGACAGUAACAUAAGCUGGAGUUGAGU